AUGAGGCACCUCCAGACCCCUCUGCCACGAUUCUCGGUGAAGACCCUGCUGGAGAAAUAUACGGCGGAGCCCAUCGACGACUCCUCCGAGGAGUUCGUUAACUUUGCCGCCAUCCUCGAGCAGAUCCUCAGCCACCGCUUUAAAGGCCCCGUCAGCUGGUUCAGCUCGGAUGGGCAGCGCGGGUUUUGGGACUACAUCCGCCUGGCCUGCAGCAAGGUCCCCAACAACUGCGUCAGCAGCAUCGAGAACAUGGAGAACAUCAGCACCUCCAGGGCCAAGGUCAGGAAGGUGCCAGCCCCAGCCCUGUCCCUGUCUCUGUCCCUCCACGUUUUUCCCUGCAGGCGGUUUUACGACGACGGGGCCAUCAUGCUGCGGGAGGAGUCCACGGUGCUGACGGGGAUGCUCAUCGGGCUCAGCGCAAUCGACUUCAGCUUCUGCCUGAAGGGCGAGGUGAUGGACGGUAAAACGCCCGUGGUCAUCGACUACACACCCUACCUGAAGUUCACGCAGAGCUACGACUACUUGAGUGAGGAGGAGGAGCGGGGCAGUGUGGAGAGCAGCACGAGCGAGGACAGCUCCCCCGAGCAUCCCUACCUGCCCCUGGUCACCGAUGAGGACAGCUGGUACAACAAGUGGCGCAAGAUGGAGCAGAAAUUUCGCAUCGUUUAUGCCCAAAAGGGGUACCUGGAGGAGCUGGUGCGGCUGCGGGAGUCGCAGCUGAAGGACCUGGAGGCGGAGAACAAGCGGCUGAAGCUGCGCCUGGAGGAGGUGAUGGUGCAGAACCAGCUGGAGAAGAGGGAGCUGGAGGGCGUCAUCCUGGAGCUGCAGGAGCAGCUGACGGGGCUGAUCCCCUGCGAGAACCCGCAGCUGGCCCAGCUCUCCAAGGAGAUGGUGACGCCCCUGGUGAACCAGUGGCCCUCACUGGGGACCCUCAACGGCAACGAGAGCGGCUCGGACAGCAAGCUCUACAGGAGGCACAGCUUCGUGAGCACCGACCAGCUCUCGGCCGAGAACAGCCUCAGCUCCGACUCCCAGCGCUUGGGCGAGGGCAAGCGCGAAGGCGAGCCCUGGGGGCCCUUGGCCGCCCAGCCCAGCGUCAUGGCGGAGGACUGA